AUUGUAACCGGAAGUGAAGCUGCUUUCUGUUUUGUAAACUUGAUAGUGAGGUGGGGGGGCAGCUGGUUCACACAAACUUCUCCAGUUAUGUUUCAUGUUAAAUCAGUGACCCCGGCUCUGUGAGGGCAGUUAUCGGUCUAAGUAUCCGGGUGAGGGUCGUCGGGCACCGGGCUCCUCUGAUUCGUACAGCCGCUGUUAGCCUGCGGAUGCUAACUUCAGCUAGCCUGAAGCUACCGUCGCUCCGAAGUCGCCACACAGCAGCAGGACGAGCCGAGCUCCCUCCAGUCCUGCCGACUCCUGCUCGUUUUUACCCCCCACCGGCGGACCGCCAGCACAGGGAGUGAUGUGGAAAGUAACUUUACAGGCGCUGGGUGUUCUGCUGUCGGCCUGGUUCUUCGGGAACUUUGUUUUGGGCUGGUUUCAACAAAACAACGUCAAACCCCAAACGCAGCACAGCGAGCAUCCGAGCAGAGCCGCAGACAGCCAGGACCAGAGCUGCUUCUGCCAUCUGACAGGAGUCCUGGACGACUGCUUCUGUGACGUGGAAAGCAUCGACGUCUUCAACAACUUCAAGAUUUACCCUCGAAUCAAGAAACUGACGGAGAAAGACUACUUCAGAUACUACAGAGUGAACCUGAAGCGACCGUGUCCCUUCUGGCCCGACGACGGACAUUGUGCCAUCAAAGACUGCCAUGUGGAGCCCUGUCCAGAGAGUAAGAUCCCAGUGGGCAUCAAGUCUGGGAACUACAACAAGUAUUCCCAGGCAGCAAAUACGAUGUCGGACAUGACGGAGUGUGAACAGGCCAAAGAGCUGGGCGCCAUCAACAGCACCCUGAGUAACCAGAGUAAAGAGGCGUUCGCUGACUGGGCGAGACACGACGAUGCUCAGGACCACUUCUGUGAGCUGGAUGAUGAAACCUCUCCUGAUGCAGAGUACGUUGAUCUGCUGCUAAAUCCGGAGCGAUUCACUGGAUACAAGGGUCCCUCAGCCUGGAGAGUCUGGAACAGCAUCUACGAGGAAAACUGCUUCAAGCCCAGAUCAGUGUACCGACCUCUGAACCCUCUGGCUCCGAGCAGAGGAGACGACGACGGAGAGGGUUUCUACAAGUGGCUCGAAGGUUUGUGUUUGGAGAAGAGAGUUUUCUACCGACUCAUCUCAGGCCUCCACAGCAGCAUCAACAUCCACCUGUGUGCCCAGUACCUGCUGGACGAGGGCUGGGGCCGGUCAGUGUGGGGUCCAAAUGUUCAGGAGUUUCGGCGUCGCUUCGACACAGCGGAGACGAAGGGCGAGGGCACGCGGCGGCUGAAGAACCUCUACUUCCUGUACCUGAUCGAGCUGCGGGCGCUCUACAAGGUGGCUCCGUACUUUGAGCGAGCAUUUGUCAACCUGUACACGGGAAACACGCAGGAGGACGGAGCCACCAAGGACCUGCUGCUGCAGAUCUUCAACGAGAUCAAAGCUUUCCCCAUGCACUUUGAUGAGAAGUCCAUGUUCGCCGGACACAAAAUGGAAGCCAAAACAUUAAAGGAGGAAUUCCGCCUCCAUUUUAAAAACAUCUCCAGGAUCAUGGACUGUGUCGGCUGCAGUAAAUGUCGACUGUGGGGGAAACUACAGACUCAGGGUUUGGGCACAGCUCUGAAGGUCCUCUUCUCUGAGAAGGAGAUCCAGAAUCUUCCUGAACACAGCCCUUCUAAAGGUUUCCAGCUGACUCGCCAGGAGAUCGUGGCCUUACUGAACGGCUUCGGCAGGUUGUCCACCAGUAUACAUCAGCUCCACAGUUUCCGCCUGCUGUUAAAGGACAACAGGUAACAGAAGGUGACGCCUCACCUGGCCAGUAGGCGGCGCCAGCCUCCAGAGAACUGCAACAGUCUAAUCCUCGCCCAGAAGAAGGCCUUUUUCAUGGACAUCAGGAUCAGCAGUGAACCCAACAACACCUCACAAACACUCUCUCUUCUCCCAUUCAUCACCCUCUUCUCUCCCCUCUGUACCUCCUCCUCCUCCUCCUCCUCCUCCUCCAUCUGGUAGAUCAUGAAUGUUAACUCUUCUGCCUCCUCUUGCCUACGUCAGAAAAGUCUCCAGGUUUUGAAAACUUCACCUGACGUCUUUUAUUCCUCUCUGCUGUAAAACUCGUCGGCCACUCGACAAACCUGUUCGUUUUUUUUUUCUUCUCUCAUUUGAAUUUUUUUUUUUUUGUUGGUUUUUUUUAGCGGUCGGUCGACGUGUAAAAUUGUCAGGUUGUUCGUGACGUUGGGACAAACCUGAAGGAAGUGAUCAGACAUUUGGGAGGAAGUGACGUAACAGACCAAACAGUGACCAGAUGGACUCAUGAUGCAGAUUAGAACUGUGUCCAACAGGAAACGGCACCUUUAAUUUCUCCCUUUUCCUGACCCCGCCCUCUGCUGACAUCACAUCCUGUUGGAUUUUACACUAAGUCAGACCUGCGCAGCCCUUCUGUAAGGAUGUAGAUAUGCUUUGUCCUGAGGAGGGACUCAAGUGAGACGGUUUGUCCAGAUAAAAGAGCGUCUGAACUGUCAGGACGCAGCUGCCUGUUUCUGUUUGUUUGUUUGUUUGUUUGUUUGUUUCCUCUCCUCUGUCACCUUCUCCUGUUGUUGUUUUUAGAGAAGUUUGUCGCUCACAGCCUGAGGAUCUGGACCAAUCAGCUCGUGUUUACCAUCUCAGGCCGAAUUUAUGUCAGCAUGCUAGAAGGUGUGCGUGUGUGUGUGUGUUGGAAGUUUAGUCAGUGUUUCAGUCGGCUGUUUGUCGUUGACCUGCGUCACCUCAGACGACACAACGAUGUCAUUUUAUGUGGACGAGGCUGCGCUCUUCUUUAAAUAAAUUCAGUCCAGCUGGACACUUUUUACUUUCCCACAGUAACAUUUCAGCGGACACAUGAACACAGUGACUGACACAACAGCAAUAAAACUAGAGAUAUCACAAGAAUAACCUGAUGAUGUUACGUACGUCAUGAAAGACGACCAGGAAAGAUUGGUCCUGGACCAACGUGUAGUCUGUCAUGUCUGCCGGCCGUGUCACGGCAAGAUUUAAUGACUCAGCGCUCUUAUCUGACAUAGUGACUGUCGGAAUGGAAAAAACUGUCGUGUAGUCUGAACCCGAUGUUUCCCGUCUGGACGAACAAACAGUAACCAGAGUUUUGAUAAAUUCACACCUUAGAAGACGUUUUUAAAAAGUGCUUUAGUUCCCGAAAACUCCGCCUGCGUGUGGGCGAGAGGCCGAAACAUCGAGGAAAAAAUGAGUUAAAAAGAUAUCUGUGUACGUGUAGACGCAAAAACAUCUGUGGAUAUUUCUGAAAAGAUAAAAUCAGACUCACAUUUAAAAGCUCGGUGAUAUUUGUGAUUGUCUCGUAAAAAAUGAAAGAAGCGGUGCAGGAAGUUGGAACACUUUGGUUGUGUGUGUGUGUGUGUGUGUGUGUGUGUGUGUGUAUCAUCAACAGUUGCAGCUAUAAGAUAACGGACUACAACUUGAUUCCAUAGUAAACCUUGAUACAGUAGCGGAUUUUUGCUUUUUUGCGAUAACGAACUAAUAAAUGUGUUUGUGUGUUUGGAUGAGUGGGUCAUGUCUCUGUCUGUCUGCCUGUCUGUCUAUCUGUCUGUCUGUCUGUCUGUCUAGUUGCUGCCUGAGUAUUCUGCUAAAGUGCUGCCUAGUUUUCUCCGGCAUGUAUUUUUGCUGUGGCCGUGUUGUCUUAAAGCACAACUUUAAUGGAGGCAGAUUCUGUUAGAUUUAUUUAAAGAGGGAAAACUAGGAGUCAUUAAGUUCUCCUCAGAUGAAUUAUUGCUUUAGUAUUUUGUUUCAUGCUGUAAAUGUAGGUUGUAAUGGUGCAGAGAUGAGAUGAGAUUUUUUUAAUGGAGCAGGAGGGAGGAGGCGACUUUAGGAGAGUCUCUGAGAAAAGCAACGUCCAUCAGCACGCUGCAAAAAAUCUCCUCACAGGUUCAGUCUGGUGUUAUUCUGUAUGUUUCUAACCUCUGUACUGAAGACAUGAAACUCUGAAAACACAAAUCUAUAGUUUUAUCAGUAAUCUCUUCAAACAGCUGUUCACUGAAGUUUUUAUCAAACAGUGACUUUGUUGGGGACUACUACUAUGAUGAUGAUGAUGAUGAUGAUGAAGAUCAUUCAGGCUGUAGAUACACUCACUGCAGCUGUGACCAGAUACGUUCACUGUUGGUUUGAGUCUGAACGUGGGAUUUAUGGAAAAUCAAAGAAUAUCACCAGACUUGAACUUUAACGAGGCGUUUAACUUUUAGAGAGUGAACUCUUAAAGCGACACAGGACGACAUCACGAAGAGAAAACGACAUGAAGAAGCAGCCGAUUGAAUAAAAUCAACACGCAACGUCAAACAAGCAAAGGAUGUCUUUUAGUGACUGUGCGCUGUGUUCGGGACAGACGGGAAAAGAUGCAGCCGCCACUGUUGAAUGUAUGGAAUCCCAUUUAAGUCAAUAUUACAUAAAUAAAUAAAUAUGGCUAUGAAAUAAACCCUGAAAUAAAAACCUAAAUACUUUAAUAGCCGCCUUGCUUCAAUCACUGAACUCACCCGGCGUAUAUUUGGGACGGGCCUUGAAUUCCUUUCACUCUGUCACUCUGGACGUGAGGGUCCGCUGUGGUGGAUUUUUAAAAGUAGGCUUGUUUUUUCAACGCGUUACAGUUAAAACAAAACAAAACAAAAAACAUUUAUUUUUGCUAUAAUUGCCACGAGGAAGAAGAAAGUACCAAAUAAAAAACAAAAAAAUCCAUUUCUCUUUUGUCAGUGUGGACAUGGUGUUUAAUUUACAGUAAAAGAGGCAAUAAAUAUGUGAAUUACUGUAAAUAUAAAUAUGUAAAUGAGUCACUAAGAUUCAAUGGAUAAAAAGGUUUUUAUUAAAAAAAAAAAAAAUCAGUAAAAAAUUUACUGAACAAUUGAUUGAUUUAUGAAUUUAUAUUUACACUAAUUUAUAUAUUUUUUAUUUAUUACAUCAUUUAUUUAUUUCAGGAUGUAUUUCAUAGUCAUAUUAAUUAUUUUGUAGGUAUAUUUAUUUAUUUCUUUAUUUAAUAUUGACUUAAAUGACAUCCAGUGUUAAACAAAAAACUCAUUACCCUUUUAUUGGCUCACUAAAACACACCAAGUUUAAAUUUCUUAAAAUGCGACUUUGUAUUUCGAGUAACAAGCUGAGGUUUUCUGCAUUUAGUUCAGUCGUUAAUAAAAAUAUUAUUUAUAUUCAGAAACAGUCUGAAUGUAGUGACGUUCAGAGGAGCUGUAUGUUGGGAUGUUUUCCUCAGCUGUGGUGAACGCAACUUAAAGUUGUAUAGACGACGAUGACGUCUGGUCUGUGAGGAGAUUUAAAAAAAGAGUCCAGUUUAAAUAUAGUUUGUUUUGCUCAGCUGUAAAAGAACGAAGUGGACCAAAGAAUUUUAAGUUGCCUACAUUUUUUUAAAUGUGUUUUUGUUUGUUUGUGACGCCCAGGAACUUUGACUUUAUCAAUGUUACGACGAUACGUUGAAGCGUUUUUGAGGUCACAGUAUAAAUGAAGCUGAUGUUUGUGUUUAAAACCUGAAAUGGGAUAAAAAAAAAUAUUAAAAUUUAACAAUAAAUAAAUAGAUAAAUAAAUUACAAUAUAAAAAGUUAGUAAAAUGUAAAAUUCCAGCUUCUGCUUGGCCCGGUCCCGCAGGCUUUUUUUGUUUGUUCUUUCUUUGUUUAUGGAUCUGGGGGUAAAAAUGUUAUUGAAAUUAAACACCUGGAUGGAAGUGGUUUUUAUUUCUGUCAUAUAAUCCAAGAUUUUGUGAAAAUAAGUAAGCGUUUUGGGAUUGCCUAAAAAAAACAGGUCAAUUUAAAACACAACGAGUCAGAUAGAUGGUUUCUCAAAAUAAAGGAGACGUUCAGUUUGUUAUAAAAUGUAAAUGAUUACGGCUCCUUUUAGCUUCCAUACAUCAUCAGAAUUAAUUUCACUUAUUUUUCUUUGUUUCUGUGUGUGGAUGUGAAACAGAAAUGAUACGAUGCACAAAGAGUGUGUGUGUGUGUGUGUGUGUGUGUGUGUGUGUGUGUGUGUGUGUGUGUGUGUGUGUGUGUGUG